AUCCACACUAUACACGCGGACAGCAGCACCCGGGCGGCAUCGCUGCAGUCUGCCGGCCACCGAUCAGACGUGCGCUCGCUGGCGCUCUCCUCGGAUGGCUCGCUUCUUUUGUCCGUUUCCAAAGGCUCUGCCAAGGUCUGGAACCCUGUAACAGGAGCCUGUCUCUCCUCCUUCGAAUCUGGCUAUGGCCUUUGUUGCCUCUUUGCCCCUGGGGAUAGAUAUGCCAUCGCAGGCACACAAGCAGGAGACCUGGAGGUGUUCUCAGUGGCCAGUGCUGAGCGCACUGCCCUCGUUCAAGCAGCUCACGACAAGGCAGUGUGGGCCAUGGCUGCCCUGCCGGAUAACACGGGGUUUGCAACCGCUUCCGCUGACGGCUGUGUGAAGUUUUGGGAGUACCAGAUGCAGCUCAAGGGAUCCGAGGCAGACAAGGAUGCACUAGCAGCAGGGAGGGGAGAGAAGCACUUGACAGUGGUGAACACGCGGACACUCAAGAUGUCUGACGACGUGCUCAGUGUGGCUUUUAGCCCCGACGGCCGAUACAUUGCACUCUCGCUCCUCGACUCCACCAUCAAGGUCUUUUUCGUCGACUCUCUCCGUUUCUUCCUCUCGCUGUACGGCCACAAGCUGCCAGCCAUCUGCCUUGACAUCUCCUCUGACUCUCAGCUCGCAGUGUCGGGCUCAGCAGACAAGAGCGUCAAAAUCUGGGGACUCGACUUUGGCGACUGCCACCGGUCAUUGUUUGCUCACCAGGACAGUGUGAUGUGUGUGAAGUUCGUCCCGCGCACACACUACUUCUUCUCAUGCGGAAAGGACAGAAGAGUGAGGUACUGGGAUGCGGAUAAGUUCCAACUCCUGCUCUCACUGGAGGGACACCACGCGGAGGUGUGGUCGCUGGCAAUCAGCCCCCUCGGUGACUUCCUUGUGUCCGGCUCCCACGACCGCUCCAUCCGCCGCUGGCAACGCACCGACGAGCCCUUCUUCCUCGAGGAGGAGCGGGAGAAGCAGCUGGAAGCCAUGUUUGAAGCCCGAGCCGUGGCACUACCAACCGAUGCACGCCGCCCUGAAGGGGACGACGAGGAGGGCGGGGAAGGGGCAGAGGCGGCGGGGCCGGGCGGCGCUGCUGGGGAGCUGGGCGGUGUGGGGGGGGCUGCGAGGGGCACGCAGGAGACGGUUUGGGCGGCAGACUCAAUCAUUGAGGCGGUGGAGUUGGCUUCCAUGGAAGAAGCUCGGAUGGUUCCCUUCAUCAAGGACCCAGGCGACCCCACCUCGCUGCUGCCAUCCUUCCAGCCAAACGUGUUGCUCCUCGGCCACGCGCCCGCUGCCUUUGUGCUGCGUGCGCUCGCCAGCAUCAAGCCUUCGGAGCUCGAGCAAGCGCUGCUGGUACUGCCCUUCACCGUGGCUCUGCGGAUUCUGCACUUCGCCCCCCACUGGCUGCACCGCCCACUUCCGCAGCUGGAGUUUGCCGCCCGGGCGCUCGUCUCUCUCGUGCGCAUCCACCACUCGCAACUCGUUGCUACCCCCACCGCCCGCCCCCUGCUAGCUGCUGUGCACACACUUUUACGGGCUUCACUCAAGAACGCAGUAGCAACCGUGGGAUGCAACUUGGCUGCUAUAAGCCACAUCAAGUCCCUUCUGGCAUCGUCCCAGGCGUCCAUAGAGGGGGGAGAUGGCACGGGCAUGGCAGAGAAGGUGAAAGAAAUCAGAGAACGGCUGGCCAAGGGACGCAAUGCAGUGGUUGCAGAGAAGCUGCAGCGGAGCAAAGCAGAGAAGCGCAAGCGCAAGGCGGAGAAGCAAAAGGUGAAGAGCUGA